AUGACUUACAGUCUCUACUCGAUCUCCGCCAACGCACUCUCCCCAUCAGGUUGUUCCUCGUUUACAUACGCAUUGAAUGGAUUCAAAGCAUAUACACGCGCACCCUGGUAUCAGUUCUCCGAACAGCAGGUCGACAAUUUCACGAUCAACGGUGGCACGAAUCCGGCAUUCCCUUUUAUGACUGGCGCUGGUGGCUGGCACCAGGUCGGCCCAAUGGGCUGGCUCGGCGCUCGAGUGGUGGAGGAUCAACUUAUUCUUCAGCCAGCUCUACCGCCUCAAAUUCCGUAUGUCAACCUCCGCACCGUGAUCUUUGGAGGAGCAGGAAUCAAGGCUACCAUGAACUACACUCACACCAAUCUCACUCGGACGGACGUAUCCGCCUACCUACCACCAAACAGUAGUGACAUUUACGCCAAUCAAUCCAUGCCCAUCGCCAUCGGCUUCUCCAUCGAAGAAGGUCGUAACAUCAGCAUAGCACUAGGACAGACGAUCACGAUCGAGAACCGUAUAUACUUCGACAACAUCACUACGGCAGGAAACCUCGUCCAAUGCUUGCCUGUGACUUCAGAAGGAGAGUAUCAACCAGGACAAUUCCCUCUUGCAGCUGUCGAUGGAGCGGCCAGUACUCGUUGGCAACCCAGAACCCGUCAGCCUGCAUCUCUGACAGUCGAUAUGCAGAAUGUAGACUACCAACCAUUGACCGGCGUGUCGUUUGACUGGGGCAGCCGUCCACCGGCAGCAGCUCGCGUCCUCGUCUACAACUCUACUAGUGGAUCGAAUGGUAGUUCGACGAAUAUCCGAACGGCAGCCUUCACUGACAUUACGAUCUCGAUGCCAUACAAUGCCGCUACCAAUGAUGUCGUCCAGGAGUAUACGGGUAAUAUGUCUUACUUCAGGUUCUCGACUCCUAUCUGGUCUGGCCAGUAUGUCACACUUGAGAUUAGCGGAUGUCAAGCAACAGGCGACGAGUUGGGCGCAACAGUCGCCGAGUUCAAUCUGUUAGGCGCCAGUGGUACCAGCGUGGUUGGAAGCGGUGUUGGUAGUAACGGGACAUCGUCGAAUGCGACGACGAGCAUUGUGACUCCAAGCUCAACGAGAGGAUCAGUAAGCUCGUUAGCAACUGCAUCAAUCACGGCUACGCGAACUCCGAGCUCCCCAUCUCUUCUUGCAUCGAACACAGGCUUCAAGUCCGUCGGCAGGUCGGAACUCUGGUGGUUCAUCACCGGCGCCGUGAUGGUGGUGGCCUUGUUGUGA